AUGAAAAAAGUGAAAGCUUCCAGAAAGAAACAAGUCUCUUCAAAAAAAGCUGUGGCUGCAAUUUCUAUACCCCCUGUUCCUAUUCUUAAACCCGUCGCUGCUGUUACCUCAAAGAAAAAAAACAAGAAUAGUGUGAAGGAGGAAAAAGAAGGAGGAAAGGGAACACAGAGUGACGGCGAUCAUGACAUUGAAGAAGUCAGUAUGAAUGAUAACAUUGAAGAAGUCAGUAUGAGUGAUAACAUUGAAGAAGUUAGUGUGAAUGAUAACAUUGAAGAAGUCAAUAUUGAUGAUAACAUUGAAGGAGUCAGUAUGAAUGAUAAUUCUACUAAAGAUAACAAUGCUAACAACAAAAAAUCAGAAUUGUUUUAUUUCAUCAACUCACUCGACAGAAAGCGGAAAAAAGAAAAUAGCAACCGAAAUAAUAAUAGUUCUGGUAUUGGCAAUGAUGAUGAAAAAGAAGCAUUAGAAAAUACAACAAUACCUAAUAAAAAACGUAAACGACGUCUCGAAGAAAUCCCCGAUGGAUAUGACGAAUCGCUCUACUACAUUCCUACUACAAUUGACAGUGGUGAAAAUAACGUGGAUAAAAAAAUCGAAUUAAAGGAUCUCUUGGCCACUUUACAGGAUGAGACGGGAUACAUCAAACAACCAUUGUCUCCUCCAUUACCAAAAAGAAUCCAAGAAAAGUUCAAUAGGCAGGCAGCAUACGAGGAAACGAAAAAAGAAAUAUCAAAAUGGGAACCGAUCGUUAAGCGAAAUCGCGAGUCUGAUCAUCUGGAGUUUUCAAAGAGUUCUGGUGCUGCAUCUUAUCAACCAUCGAAUAAUACAUUGGCUGGUACUUUUAAAGCGUCCACAGAACUUGAGAAACAAGUAGAAAAUAUAUUAGAAGAGAGCGGCGCCAAAGAAAAAGACUUUCAACAAUACGAAGAAUUAGAACUGAACAAACUCACCAUCGAAGAGAUACAAUCGCGUCGUCGCGAACUGCGAAUUAUGCGUGAACUAAUGUUUCGCGAAGAACUCAAAGCGAAACGAAUCGCAAAAAUCAAGAGUAAAACAUAUCACAAAAUUAAAAAGAAGGAACGCGAGAAAAAUGAAUUGAAUUUAGAGCAGUUGAGCCAACUUGAUCCGGAAUUAGGACAUCAAGAACAAUUGAAAUUGGAAGCGGUACGUGCACAGGAGCGAAUGACACUUAAGCACAAGAACACUAGUCGAUGGGCGAAACAGGCGCUCAAGUAUGGUCGUCGUAAUGAUGCGGAGAGCAGACAAGCGAUCGUGGAGCAGCUGCAGUUGCAUGAGAAAUUGAAACGAAAGAUAAGCGGUUUGGAUUCUGAUGACGAUGAAUUACAUUAUGGCGAUAAUCGAAGUGAUUAUAGCGACAAUGAGGAAGAAGAUAUCGAGACAAUAAAAGCAAAAGCUUUUGAUGAAUUGGCAAGUUUGUCAAGCCAACAAUCACCAAAGACAAAAGGUGUAUUAAAUAUGAAAUUUAUGAAAGAGGCAACGGAGAAAAAGAAACAACGUACAAAUGAAAUGAUUCAAGAUUUUGUACAAGAUCUUGAAAAUGGUAAUUUCUCUGAUAUUAUUGAUGAAGACGACGACGACGACAAUGAUAAAGAUGGAUCCUUGUCAACUCGUCGUGAUAAGAAUGAAGAUGAGUUGGUAAAAAGAGACAAUUCGCAUAGAAAAAUCGGUGACAAUCCUGGAAGAAUGGUUUUUGGACGUAGUACAUCGUCAAAGAAUGAUGAGGCAGUUUUUAAGACUAUUGAUCCCAAAAAAAUCUCAAAAAAUAAGAUUAACCUUGACGAGAAAUUGAUGCAACAAACUAAUAAAUCUUCACCAUCGAAGCUCGCCAGCCCCUCCAUAACACCCGACAAGAACAAGCAGCAUCCGAAAAAUUCAAACGACAACACCAUUUCAGAUCAAGAAAUCGAUAAUAGUAAUCCAUGGCUUCAAAACGACACGUCUUCUAAAAAAUCCGUCAUGAAAAUUAAGAAAGAGAAUAAAAAGCGAAAAUUACAUGACGAUGAAGAAAUUUUGAAUGAUGUUGAGAUUGAUUUAGAUAAAAUGUUGACGACGAUGUCUGCUGGUCAAAAUUUUACUACUACCUCUCAAGCGAUAAAGAACAAAAAGAAAAAUUCAACUGAGACCCUAUCUACUUUUACUGCUACUGAUAUUUUCACAUCACCUGACCAAGCCUCGGAAUACGACGACGAAUUAGAUACUUCUACCAUCACACUUGUACAUAAAAAUAACAAUAAGACGCCAAUAGGAUUCUCACAACGAGAAUUAGUCGCGCGUGCAUUUGCUAAUGAUAAUGUCGUUGAAGAAUUCGAAGCAGAAAAACUCGCCGCGAUAGACGAAGACACGCCAAAGGAAAAAGAUUUAACAUUACCUGGAUGGGGAUCUUGGGCGGGUAAAGGCGUAAAAAAGAAACCGACGAAAAAUAAUAACUUCCGCAUAAUUCAGAAACCCGUACCCGGCGAAGGAAUUGAAGUGUCGAAAAGAAAAGACGCGAACUUGAAACAUGUGAUAAUUAAUGAGAAAAGAAUUAAAAAGGCAACUAAAUAUCUCGCCACGCAAAUUCCGUAUCCAUAUGAAACGCGCGAGCAAUAUGAACGCAGCCUAAGAAAUCCGCUAGGCAAAGAAUGGAAUACGUAUGAAGUGUUUCAGAAGAUGGUUAAACCACGGGUUACGACAAAGAUGGGUACUAUUAUCGAUCCAUUAGAGAAACCAGAGACUUAA